AUGUAUGUGCUUUUGAUGUGCGGGAGAUCUAUCGCCAAAGGCGGUACAGAUGUUAUUGACGGUGUUGGAAGUGGAAUGGAUUCUUUGAAGAUCCUGAUAGGGUUUCCGAUAAAACGCGAAGAAGGUUUAGCUCUGAACUUUUUCGAGGUGAAGCUUCGGAUAUUUCUCUGCUUCUUGGUGUACGAGUGA